AUUUUAGACAGGUUUGACUGUCCUAGCUGUAACUUCCUGGGACAGGGACAACUCACGAGCAGAAGCUUCACUGCUCUAACUCUGCAAUAUAUUGUGUUACAGAGAAAUCAAGCUCUCCGGGAGGAAGUAAGAACGAUAAAUCAGCAGCUAGUCGAUACUGAUGUAGCGAUUAUUCCAGAUGGUAAUGCAAGGACCAUAAUGAAGUUCUCGUUUAACGCGGCCUCCAUCUCACCGAUGCUAUUGCAGCAACCAAUUGAGCCCUUGAAAUUGCUUGUCCCCGCAAACUAUCCUCAAUCCUCUCCUGUAUUACUUGAAAAUGGCGACAGUGGCGAGGAUGAUCUUUCUGUAAAAGCCAAGUCAAGGCUGCACCGCUGCCUGAGAAGUCUGCUUCAUCCGGUGACAUUGGAGGACAUAGCGAGGAGUUGGGAUGUUUGUGCAAGACAAGUCAUUACCGAGUAUGCAUUACAGAAUGGUGGCGGGAGCUUCAGCUCACAGUAUGGAACCUGGGAAACUGUAUAA